GUCGACCCACUGAUUGACGUAUAGAAGUAAAUUCUAUUCGAAGUUCGAAGUCUGUUGUAUUUUCUCUUUUCUUGGCGAAAAUACACUGAAAAGAUGGUUAAAAUAGCUCUCCAAAUCAAAGCAACCUUAGAAUGCAUCGAAAAGCUAUAUACGAAUCAUCCAUACUAUCAAUGGUUCUUAAAACUGAAGUGUGGAAGUUGCGGCGAAGUGACUGAGAAGUUCCACGACCUUACAGAAGCUGAGAAAAUAGCGCAAAAGCAUAACAGAUCAGAAACUAACUUGUUGAUAAAAUGCAAACUAUGUUCCAGAGAGAAUAGCAUAGAUGUUAUUGAAGGCAGCAAUGGUCAGCUAACAAGCCAAGACGAGGGCAAAUUUAAAACUAUAGUCACAUUUGACUGUCGGGGUGUAGAACCUGUGGACUUCCAACCCAAGUCUGGAUGGGUGGCAGUAGCAGAAGAUGAUGGUAAAACAUUUGAAGAUGUGGACUUAUCAGAAAAAGAAUGGGUGGAUUAUGAUGAGAAAAACCAAACUUCAGUUGGCGUUUAUGAACUAGAAUGGCAGUUUGUGAAAGUCAAAUAAAUUAUGAAUAAUU